UAUUCCUUUAAGAUGAUGUAAUAGUCAUUUCCCUGGAUGGUUUCUUCCUGCACUGCUGAAACAACAGCAUCUGAACUGCACUGGGAACUGUGGAACCACCCAGCUCAGCAACCAGAGCAGUAGCUUGGGUAGUGAAAGCAGAACAAGCAGCUUCCCUGGGCAUCCUUUGAAACUGCAGCUGCAGCCUUGUACUCUCUGGACCUGACUGGGAACAUGGGAGGUUCUCUGUCCUUCCUGAUGGAGAAGGGAGCCUGGUGGGAUGCCACUCUAAUGUGUCAGUGCUGUUCUGAGAAUCUGGGCUUUCUGCAAGUCAUCUGAACCAAGGUUCUCCUGAUAAUCUUUCCUAUCCUGAAGGAUCCUGGCUGGAAUUUAUGCUGGUUUUUCUGCCUUUCCUCUGCUCAGCUAUUGCUACACAACUGUUUUUCUCUUCAUUGCCUGUUCUGGUUAACUUUCCUGUGUUUGGGUUUAACUCUUAAGUCCUGCAUGGAUAUUUCCAUAUGGACUCAGAUUACCUUCUCAGCCCGUUUCCUGUUUUGGAUUUGCUAUUCACUACAAUCUGCCUCUGUGCUGGUUUGGGGGUUGCUUAGAAAAUGUUGCUUCCCUUCACAAGAAGUAUGCAUCAGCUGUAAUUAAGGCUUGUAAAUAAUCACAACCUUGGCUUGAUCCUGCUGUAUUGGGCUUUGGCUGAAGAUCUGAGUAUUUGAUUGCAUUCUGUCAAGUGAGCACCCUUCACCUGCUAUUUUAAGGUUAAAGCCACUUUGCAACCUUGUGUGAUAAUCAUUCCUGGACAACUGAAAAAAUAAAUCGAUCUUCUUUUCAUUCUCCCUCCACCUAUCCCGGACUCCUUAAAUGUUAGUAGAAUCUUGGGGGAACGGGUUGGAGCCUUAUUGGAACCCUGGAUGUGAGUGAGAGUUCUGCCACAACUUGUGAUUGCUUUGUUUAAACAUACCAUGGCCUUGAGUGGAAACUGCAGGACUUACCUUCCUCCUCGAGAACAAGGGACAGCUGCACAUUCCUUCCCAGAGGUGAUAGAACUGAAUGUGGGCGGCCAGGUUUACUUCACUCGCCACUCAACUCUAAUAGGAAUUCCCCACACCCUGCUUUGGAAAAUGUUCACCUCCAAGAAAGAAACGGCCAAUGAUCUAGCAAAAGAUUCCAAGGGAAGGAUUUUCAUUGACAGAGAUGGCUUCCUCUUCCGCUACAUUUUAGACUAUCUCAGGGACAAGCAGGUGGUCCUGCCUGACCACUUUCCAGAAAGAGGAAGGCUAAAGAGGGAAGCUGAGUACUUUCAACUACCAGAAUUGGUCAAACUCCUGACACCUGAUGAGAUCAAGCAAAGUCCUGAUGACUACUGCCAUAGUGACUAUGAGGAGGUUUCCCAAAGCAGCGACACAAGAAUAUGUGCCCCGUCAUCACUCUUACCUUCAGAUCGGAAGUGGGGUUUCAUUACCAUUGGCUACAGAGGGUCAUGCACCAUGGGCAGGGAAACCCAAGCAGAUGCCAAGUUCAGGAGAGUCCCAAGGAUUUUGGUUUGUGGAAGGAUUGCUCUAGUCAAAGAAGUUUUUGGAGAAAGUUUGAAUGAGAGCAGAGACCCAGAUCGGGCUCCAGAUAGAUAUACUUCCAGGUUCUACCUGAAGUUCAGGCACCUGGAGAGGGCUUUUGACAUGUUGUCAGAAUGUGGAUUCCACAUGGUUGCCUGUAACUCCUCAGUGACGGCUUCUUUUGUCAAUCAAUACACUGAUGACAAGGUUUGGUCCAGCUACACAGAAUACGUCUUCUACCGUGAGCCUUCAAGGUGGUCUUCAUCGCACUGUGACUGUUGCUGCAAAAAUGGCAAAGGAGAUAAAGAGGGAGAAAGUGGCACAUCCUGUAAUGAACUAUCCACUUCCAGCUGUGACAGCCAAUCAGAAGCCAGCUCCCCACAAGAGACUGUAAUCUGUGGCCCAGUCACCCGCCAGUCCAAUAUACAAACUCUGGAUCGACCAAUCAAGAAAGGCCCAGUGCAGCUACUCCAGCAAUCUGAAAUCCGGAGGAAAAGUGAUCUGCUCCGAACUCUAACCUCUGGCUCCCGGGAAUCCAAUUCUAGCAAAAAAAAAUCAGUGAAAGAAAAGCUUUCCAUUGAGGAAGAAUUAGAAAAAUGCAUCCAGGAUUUCCUCAAAAUCAAAAUCCCAGACAGGUUUCCAGAAAGGAAACAUCCUUGGCAAUCUGAACUGUUAAGAAAGUAUCGUCUAUAGGAGUGGGUCUGGGGCAAGGAAAAUCACCUUAUUACAAUUUACAGAAUGAGAUUCUACAUGCUUAAGAAAUAAAUAAUAAUGAUAAUAAUUUGUUAGGUCACAAAAAAUAAUCCAUUGCUAUAGUACUGCCUAAUUUGCCUAUUUCACGGAAACAUUUCUAGUCACGCUAUAACAAUAUUUGUUUUUCUCUCUCCCUGUGGUAGGAGGAUUAACAAUGCAUUCAUUCACUUGUUAAGCUCCUAACACAAGCCAAAUGCUUGCAAGGCACAAUUAAAUCAACCGCUAAGGAAACAAGUGCAGUAUGAAAGUGGUGCCACGAAUGAAAAAAUCUCACAUGAUCAGGCAGAGCUUGGGAUGGGGGGUGAUUUUCCAAGUUGCAUGCCUUCUCGAGUUCUCCUUUAAUGUCAUUCCCUUGGAAGGAGGAGGCUGGGAUGGGCAGAUGCCAAUGAUUUUGAAAGCAAGAAGUUACGUCAUACCAGUUUACACUACAGAAAGUGUAUAUAUGUCACGUGCCACUUGAAAUAUUUCUGUUUCCUCCUUUUAACUAUAUGUUUGUUCAAAAUAACUACUAGAAUAGUAGUUCUACUAUUGCUACUACUAUUAUUCUACUACUAGAUUAUCUAGUUAUCCCUGUAUAAUUAUGUACAGAAUAACCAUUUGCUCUCUUCUUUUUUGGGGGGACGGGAUGUGAAGGUUAACUAAUCUGACAUCAGGGGUGGAUCUGGAUGUUCAGAUUGGCUCUGUUUGCACACCAUGAAUGUUUAUGGGCACAGACUGCUCUCAGCGUAUCAGAAACAUCUGACAAGUCAGUGGCUGCAGUCCAACUGAGUGAUUUAUGCAUGUGCGAUUGUAUGCUUCAGGUGUAUUCACACCUGAGUUUUUCUCAGUUUCUCUUUCAGGACCUUUCAUAUCAACCCUCUCAAUAGUUUUCUUUAUAUCUGAGAGAGCAUUUAAAAAUAGUCUGAGAAUUCAGUAGGGGGAGCUUCUGAAAUCAACACUGAUAGGAGAACUCUAGCAUGCAUGCAGAUAUGACUUGCAUGUACUCUGGUUUGUUCCUGUGAUUGAUCGCCAACUUUUUAACUGGCUCUGCUCCUAUGCCCUUAAUAGCAGCUUGAUGCAUUUGCAGAAAAUAUGAAAGCUGGUCUGUUUAUAUUACUUUAUCUCCAUGCCAGGGUAAGCUUUUUCUCCAAACAUUUUACAUAUCAAGCUUCUAUAGAAGCCUACAGCACUGGAGGAGAGUAAGGUUGUUUUGUUUUGGUUUUUUGUUUGUUUGUUUGUUUUAAGGCAACCAUAUUUCCUUAUGCUGUGGGACAUUUCAUGCUUUAUUUUGUUUCAGUGGAAUUUGGGGUGGAAAAAGAGGUCAGUAUCAGUUCCAGCUGUGUGCAAAAUGAUUUUAAAUCCUCCACCACCACCCCUUGGCAUCUCUGUAUAAUGUAGGCUUUUUUGUCCAUCUCUCCUCUUUCUCAUUUCAUAGAGCUCUCCUGUUGUUCAAGUGUCCAGGAGAUAAAGGAUUAAAAUGAAAGAACUCAAUUGCAAAGGGAGAUACUAAUUUUGUUUUUGUUUUUCCCCUUUUGGAGCAAGUGCUUUGACGGGUCAAGCAGCUAAGUUGUUGAUUUAUGUGAGCUUGCCAGGCACUGCUGCCAAGAUGUCUUGGCCCAAACAAAUGGGGAGAGUAGAUUUCUAUCCCCUUUUUGACACAGAUGCAAUUAGAAGAAAUUAUAGACCUAACAAGAUGCAUUUUGCACUCCGACUUGCAGGAAAUUGAUUGUUCAAGUGACAGGCAACAUGCCACUCUGGCUGCAUGCAUUUGAAAAUAAAAUUAAAAAUUGAGAAGAAUCCAAAUGCACUCAACUAAUGGAAACAGCAUUCUCAGCACACUAGAAAUUCCCUUUGUGGGGAAGAGCUUCAUUUACUAGCAUCAGUACCCAUACCAUUACAAUGAAUUAGAGUAAGGCACUAAAGGUGCUUUGUUUCAUGGAAAUCUGGCAGGAAGGGCAGAAGAUGACCUUCCCUGAAUAGCCUGAGAAGAAUAGCCCGAGAAGCCCAAGCACUAAGAGACUUUGACACAAUACAAAGUCUCACCUUUAAGCAAUAGACAAAACAGCAGCCCCUUCAAGCAAAUUAUUAAAUAGAUAAGAAAGUGGUUAUUGUUUGUAAACCAAGGUUACAGUUCUCUGCACUCUGUUAUGGAAGUAAGCUCUAAGGAAAUAAAUAAGGUUAACCUCCAAUUAAAUGUCUUUAGGAUUGAGGUGUGAGUGUUUGAAAAUGGAAGAUGGGUGCCAUUUUGGCGUGAACUGGUAGAAGGAAUGUUUGUUAUAGGGUUGUGUUCCUGUUUCUCCAACAUUUUCUUUUUUUAAGGCAGGUGGGUGACAAAGCUUAAUCUCAGGCCAUUUGGGGGCUGUCAACUGGGCUUUGGCCUGAUACCAUAUUUUGUUCCCAUUUUUCAAGGCUUGUCAGACUUGCACCCUAUGUUCCCAUUCACCUGAAUAGGGACAUGUUGGCAAGUAUGGACUUGUGACAACACCACAUCCUGCUUCAGAAAUCUUAGAGUUUGGUAUCCAUCCAACCUGUCAACCUUAGUUCAUAACCAGUUCCAUAUAUUAAAAACAAAAACAAAAAAACCUGUUUGAUUUUUGCUCAUAAGGAAAAUUCUAGGACCUACACACACACACACGCACGCACACACACACACGGUCUCAACUUUGUAUAGAUACAUCAUUAUCUCAGUUGAAAGGUAUCCACUUAUUUCUUUGUACAUGAUAACUCUCUAUAGUUAAUGGUGAGGAUAAUGCACUCUCCGCCUCCUCAGAAGCACUUAGAUUUAGUUCAUGAGAUUCCAACCCUGACACUGAAAACAGUCACCUGGCACAAAUUUUGCAUACAUGUUUCUGUCUGCUGCAAGACAGUGGAUAUUGUAGUCUUAAAUGAUGUUUAGCAUCAGUGACAUUUUUAACAGCCUGUUAAAGAAGCCAUUAAUACCUGAAAACUGGAUGUGUGCUGAUUUGGUUAACUGGAAGUUAAUUAGAUUAACCUGACUUAAAUGCAAGCAUUCUGGAACAGCCAUUUUGCAAAUCAGUCUGGAAAGCCUGAUUGUAUCAUUAAGCCUUUCUACAAUACUUACCAACAUAUCCAAAGAAAGGGAUUCUGUGAGGCAUGCAUGGUGCAGUGUUAUUUUAGACUGAAGAGGAUUUAUUUUCAUCAAGCUUGAAGUUAGGUCUCCAAGGUUUAUGAGUGCAAUUUUCUCCCACAUUUCCCCAACUAAAUCAAUAUGGGGAGGUGGUUGCAAGUGAAUCUGCAGAGAUAUGAAGCCAGGGUUAUACUUUACUUUCAGCGAAAAAUAGGCAUGAGGGUUACCAACUCAUAAAUACCCCAUAUCCUGUACAUCUAGAAUAAAACAAUUUUAUUCUCUCAUUUGGGGGCUGCUUCAGACACACAUACAGACUGUUUUUUUAAAGCAGGAGGCAGGAGGGCAUCUUGCUGACUUGUUGACCUCCCCAUGAAUUGCUUCCUGAGGCAACUGCCUCACCUCACGUCAUGGAAGAGCCACCUCUGAUUUGGGUGGGAUAAACCCAUAUGAUUGGCCACAUCCACAGAGCUGAUUUAUGGGGGUAAUAUCACGGGGAAGCAGCUCACUCAUAGCUUCCCCAUGACACAGCUCCAUGCUUCUGGGAAAUGCAUGGAGGCUUCCAGUCAUAACAUUUCAACAUUAUUCUAACUUUUACACAUACUGAACAACUAUGAUGUUGAAGGCAUGUCUCAAAUGAUUUGCCAUGAUACCAGGAAUCUGAAUAAAUGAAUAAUGAAGUAAUACUGGAAUAACUCAUCAGAAUAUGCUAGGAAACAGCUAAUAGAAUGUGCUUCUGGAAUGUGGGAAUAAUUCUGUGCUAUAUUAGGUCUGGGAGGGAUGGGUAUAGAAACAGAGGCAAUGAUGAUUGUAUGAAAAAAUCAUAUUUGGGAUUCUAUUUCCCCAGAGAGUUGCCAAAGCUUGAGUGCAUACAAGUUACAGAAGUGGUGUGACAAUUGUUUAUCGAAACUGGUGGCUAGGAAUAGAGGAGAAUAGGAUAAAAUAAUUCAUAACCCACCAUAAGCCUUUGGAAUGGGGGAUGAUGAUGUCCAAUAAGUAUAGAUAAACCACUUAAAGAACUUUUUGUGGCUAAAAAACAGUAGUAGUAGUAGCAGCAGUAGUAGUAGUAAUUACUUCAGUCUUACAUUUUGGUUCACCUGUGGAGUUCUCAACUACCUACUUCUCCAUUUCCUAAUAUUUAGGAUGCAAGUGCUAGGUUUCUGGACAUAGUAUGUAUUUGUUUGUUUGUUUGUUUGAUUGAUUUUUAUACUACCCUUCCAAAAUGGCUCAGGGUGGUUUACAAUUAAAACAAACCAUUAAAACAGUAAAGAGCUAAAACGAAAAUUUUAAAAAACAAAACAAUAUAACAACAAUUAACAGUUUAAAAACAUUUUAAAACAACAAACAAUCGCAGUAAUUAAAAAUCCUGAAACCGGGUUAAAAUAUUAAAACCGAUAUAGAAACCCUGGGAAAGCCAGGCCAAACAGAUAUGUUUUAAGGGCUCUCCUUAAGGCUAAUAGAGAAUUCAAAUUAUGGAUUUCCGCAGGGAGCACAUUCCACAGCCCCAGACCAGCUAUAGAGAAGGCCCGCCUCUGAGUCGCCACCAGACGAGCUGGUGGUAACUGGAGACGAACCUCCUCAGAUGACCUUAAUGUGUGGUGGGGAUCACGCAGAAAAAGGCGCUCUCUGAGGUAACUCGGGCUUAAGCCAUUCAGGGCUUUAAAGGUAAUAAUCAGCACUUUGCUUUUCCCUGGAAAUAUAUCGGCAGCCAGUGCAAUUCUUUCAAAACAGGUGUAAUAUGGUCUCUCCAGGUUACCCCAGAGACCAAUCUGGCUGCCGCAUUCUGAACUAACUGAAUUUUCCGAACUACGUACAAAGGCAGCCCCACAUAGACUGCAUUGCAACAGUCAAUCUGGGAGGUUACCAGCUGGUGCACCACUGUUUUGAGGUCAUCCUCUUCAAGGAAUGGGUGCAGCUGUCGAAUCAGCCGAAGCUGAUAGAAAGCACUCCUGGCCAUGGCCUCCACCUGAGAUACCAGGGUGAGGCCUGGGUCCAGGAGUAUUCCCAAGCUGCGCACCUGCUCCUUCUGGGGGAGUGUAACUUCAUCCAGCACAGGAAGAUCUAACUUGCCCCUAAGAUUCUGAGUCCCCACAGUGAGCACCUUCGUCUUGCUUGGAUUCAGCUUCAUUUUGUUAUCCCUCACCUAGCCCAUUACUGCCUGUAGGCAGGCAUUUAGAGAAUGAGUGCCAUUUCCUGAAGAAGAAAGGGAGAAGUUGAUGUGUGUGUCAUCAGCAUACUGAAAUACCCAGCACCAAAUCUCCUGAUGACCUCACCCAGCGGUUUCAUGUAGAUAUUGAAAAGCAUUGGUGACAGAAUGGAGCCCUGGGGGACUCCAUAUAACAGCUCCUGCUUUGAGGAGUGACUGUCACCAAGCUCCACCAUCUGGGAUCUACCCAAGAGAUAGGAACGGAACCGCUGCAAAGCAGUGCCUCCUAUUCCCAACUCCCCCAGGCGACCCAGAAGGAUACCAUGGUCGAUGGUAUCGAACACCGUUGAGAGAUCCAAGAGGACCAACAGAGUCACACUCCCUCUGUUGAUAACCCGGUAAAGGUCAUCCAUCAGGCCGACCAAGGCUGCCUCAACCCCAUAGCCCAUUCUAAAGCCAGUUUGAAAUGGAUCUAGAUAAUCAGUUUCUUCCCAAACCGCCUAGAGCUGGUUGGUGACCACCCUCUCGAUUACCUUGCCCAACCAGGGGAGAUUGGACAUUGGCCUAUAACUAUCCAUUGCUGAGGGAUCAAUGGAAGGCUUCUUAAGAAGAGGUCUAACUAUUGCCUCCUUCAAACAAGGAGACACCCUACCCUCCCUCAGCGAUGCAUUUAUAUUAACUAGGCCACCUCCAACAAUCUCUCCGCUAGAUUGAAGCAGCCAGGUUGGGCAAGGAUCCAGAGAACAAGUGUUAGGUCGUACCGCUCCAAGCAGCUUGUCCAUGUCAUCAGGAGUCACAGAUUGAAACUGAUCCAACCUAACACUGCAAGAGGGAUCACUAGAGACCUCUCUCACAGACCCUGCAGAAAUAGUGGAGUGGAGUCCAAGUUGGCCCAAAUACAGGAGAUUUUAUCUGCAAAGAACCCACUAAAGGCGUCACAGCAGAGUAUCUCUGGGAGCUGAUUUUAGGCAGAAGGAAAAGAGAUUAUACUCCUCACAACUCUGCCGUACUCAAACCCACAGAUACAAUGCGCACUGACCAAAAACUCUUUUUUUCUGCAUGCACCACCAUCAUGUAAGUCUUCAAAUGGGUUCUAUGCUGCAUCCUGUCAGAUUCGAGCCGAGUUCUCCUCCACUUGCAUUCCAGUUGCCUACCCAGCUUCUUCAUCCCCCGCAACUCCUUGGUAUACCAGGGAGCCAUCUUAGAAGCAGUCCUGGAGGGAUGCUUAGGAGCAAUCAUAUCUACUGCCCUAGUGAGUUUUCUAUUCCAGGUUCCCACCAGGGCAUCGACAGAAUCACUGGCCGCACCAACAUCAAAACCCUCCAAGGCCUUUUGGAAACCUACUGGGUCCAGCAGCCUUUUUGGGCAGACCAUCCUAAUAGGUCCAUCACCCCUGCAGGGGUGGGUUGUGACCGUGAUACCAACCUUAACCAGGUAGUGGUCCGUUCAUGACAAUGGGGGUACAACUACUUCUAUGAUGCCAGCAACAACCUCAUCAUCCAGAAACCUAGCAUUUGCAGCCUAAAUAUUAGAAAAUGGAGAAUUCCAUGUGUGAACCAAAAUGUCAGUCUGAGAGCUUCAAUGUCAAACUGAGAUUUGACAUCCACAUGCGAAAGCACCAUAUUUGCCUCCUCACAAUUAAAGAUUCAAAUACUAUUAGGACCAUUUGGAUCAAAGAACAUUGGAUUCCCACCCACAAAUAACUUUGAUUGAGAGGUGUCCUAUCCUGAAAUUAGGAACCCACAAGCAAGGCAAGACUAGCAAGGCAGCUGGAAUUGCAACUCCCUGAGGCUGUUCUCAUGGGCAGCCAAGAGUGGGUUAGGGCAGCUAAGACCAGGCUUGGCUGCCCAUGAGAACCUGCAGGAGACACCUGACUCCCAGCGGUACCUUGGAAGCAAACCUGCCCAGGAAUCCCACCUCUUAAAUAGGGUUAAGGGAGCCAGAGCUCCCUUAGCCAUGUUUACUUUCAGCCAGUGCUGACACACAGAUGGGUGCCUGCCCAUUGCUGGGGGGAUCCCCACAAUGUACUGCAUACUCAUGUGGUACAUUGUGAGAUUUCUGGGGGUCGGGACAAAGCAUCCCGCCCCCUGCACUCCCAGGGGCAGCAGUGGACCAUCUGGGCGUGCAGUGUGUGCGCCCAGAUAGUCCUCAGCAAUUGUCUGCAGAGAAGGCAGCUUCUGCAGCCUUGCCCACCCACUACCCUGCCUGCCCGGUCAUGAGAAUCACUUUUCAGUCUGAAAUUAGCUCCCAGUAUGAAAUUAGCUUCAACAUGGGCUAGAGGUGGAAUGAGAUCUUAAGUUCAUCUAAACUCAGAUUAUCCUAUACAGACUCCACCUCCCUGCCUCAAGAGCACAGAGAGCACAAUUGGCAGUCCCCUGGCCUAGAGUCUACCACUUCUUCUCAGCUUCAUUAGUUUCUCCUCGCUCCAGGGUCUUCAGUUUGAGCGUCUCUCAGCUGGCAGACUCAGGCUCUAGCCUUGUGUCACGGUUUGAACUGGGGCUGGGACUGAGGCUGGCUCCUUUGGCCUGGAUGCUCCCCCUUCCAAAGCGAUAGACUCCAUGCUUCUGCUUAGGGCUGCAGUCGUGACAAGAGAAGUAAGAGUUUUAAAUAAUCACAUGCAAACACACACACCUCAGCUACAUAUACCACCAGUUAGAGUAUACUCUAAGAAUGCCUGAACACAUCUAUAGAACUGCAGAGUUCAAGUGGAAUCUACUACUGGAUACUGGAAGUAUCCAGAACUAAUCUCUUAUAGUAAAACAAUAAUUGCUACAUCUAAGACAUCCUUUUCUUUAAUAAAAUACAUGAAUAAUUAAAAAUUACACUUCCAUUUGAAGUAAAUCUCAUUGUUCCAAUGACCACUUAACUAUCCCAGUUUGGCCAUUUGUCUUAAUAUUCAAAUGAGCACUAUAUAUAUAUACAGUAAUGUGAAACACAAAUACCCAAAGCCCCUCUCUGGUGAGAAUGUCUGUGGAUACAUACCUACUUGUAUAUUUCUUUUUCUUUUGCCUUUUGGUUCUUAUAAGCCCUUUUCAUUUGCUUUCACGUACUUUCUCUUUAUAACUUUUGUAUCAAACAAAUACAACCUUCCUUUUCUUGGUUCUUGCCCCAGAGCCCAAGUCUGUCUCCAGAAAUAUACAAACUCCCUUAAAUAAUGUGGUUUUGACUCUGCCUCCAUGAACAGUGCUGUCCUUGAUGCUCUUAAGACUUGGAUGACUGUGAUAUUUCUGUCCUAACUCAGUCACUAGUGGGCAGGUCUGCAGAAUAGUGGAAAAUAAGAAAUUAGUCCUUUCCAUUCAUAACCUCUUGAUCAGAAUCAGUCAUUUCCCAGUAUCAUCAUGUGCUCACAAUUCUUCUCACUGCAAGUCACAAAGAAGACAUUAUAGCAUUAAUUCAUCUGAAUAGCAAACUAGCUGGGCCAGGUGCAGAGCAUCUGCGCCUCUAGUUUGGCCCAGCCAUUUUCUCCUGCUUGCCACCGCCAAUUUCUCGCUGCCAGCCCCCUGGCGCCUAGCUUCCCACCCACCCACCUGCCAGCUGGCUGGCCGGCUUGCCACAACCUCCUCCAGUUAGCUGGCCUCCUCCUCUCGCUGGCCGCCUCCUCCCGCCGGCGCGGCUUUGCCUGCCAGCAUCGCUUCACCAGCUGCCAUGGCUGUUCCCCACCCCACUCCCCCAUUGCUUAUCCCCUGGCAGCUGCUCGCAAACUCUCACAAAAGUUGCCACACAUGGGAUUAGCAACAGGUACAUUUAAGAGAAUUAAAUAUAUAGAUAGAUUUUAGAGAAAAUGAGCAUGGGGCUCAUUCACCCGAUAGCACUUCAGCAGGGAAUUAUCUUGCAGUUUACAUGUUGAAUUGUCAAUAAGGCUGAGGAAGGUGCUGGUUGGUUUCUAAGCCCAAGCACCUGGUAUUCUAUGUUAUUUUCUUCUUUCUGCUACCACUAUUUACAUUUUCCCCUCAAAACCUACUUUUCGUCUCUUUUCUCAGUUUUUAGUAGCUGCUUUAGUCUAUAAGUAUCAGCUAUACAGACCAUGAGAAUGGAUUCCUGUAAUGCAGCAAAUUAGUAAUUAAAAUUUAUUUUUUAAAAAUAUUACAUCUUAAUUGUAGGUUACAUAUGUAAAAAACAACAACAACCCUACAACUUGUAGGCUACAUAUGUAAAAUAAAAUAGAUAUUGGUCUGGUACAGAUACCUUUAUGAGCAGUGGCUAACAUCCUGGCUAAAUUAUUUGACAGAAGUCCUAUUGAAAUUAAGUAAUCCUUUAGAGUAACUCCUGAGCAAUACUAUUGAGUAAUUUAGUCUAGAUGUCAGCUGCUGCAAAUAAAGAUCUGGCAAUAAACCUAGGUUAGGCCAUUUCCCAAUGUAAUAUGUUCUACCAAUUCCCGUAUUUGUAAACUAUUCUGCUCCUCCUACCAAGUUAGAACUCAAAGAGAUUAGAUAUAUGGACUCGUCCUUCCAACAAAAAUUUACUGCUGAAUGUUUGACCUUGCCAUAACCUUCCUUCAGAUAUGACUCCUUUGAUGAAGGCUCAGUAUGUACAAAUUAGCCGAGCCUCUGCUCCUUGAAGCUCUUCCUUGGAACACUGAUUCCAGAAGACCUUCUGCUUCCACAGCUCUUCCUGCUGCUUCUUACUUCAGAACUACAGCUCUGCUCUUCCAUUUCAUAGUGUCUUCUUUGCCUUGUCUCCCAGGUCCCAUUUCUAGCUUGACUUGCUUUCUUUCUUCAGUCUACUCUCUUCUCCCCUUAUGACUAAUGAGCCCCUGGUGGCGCAGUGGUAAAACUGCCGCCCUGUAACCAGAAGGUUACAAGUUCGAUCCUGACCAGGGGCUCAAGGUUGACUCAGCCUUCCAUCCUUCCGAGGUCGGUAAAAUGAGUACCCAGAAUGUUGGGGGCAAUAUGCUAAAUCAUUGUAAACCGCUUAGAGAGCUUCCAGCUAUAGAGCGGUAUAUAAAUGUAAGUGUAAGUGCUGCUAUUGCUAAUUAGAAACAAAGGAAGCUGCCUUAUUCUGAGACAGACCAUAGGUUCAGCUAGCUCAGUAUUGUCUACACAGACUGGCAGCAGCUUCUCCAAGAUUGGAGGCAGGAGUCUCUCUCAGCCCUAUCUUGGAGAGGGAACUUGGAAUUUUAUUACUUGGAACCUUCUGCAUGCAAGCAUGCAGGUGUUCUUCCCAGAACAGCCCCAUUCCCCCAGAAGAAUUACUUACAGUGCUCACACAUGUAGUCUCCCAUUCAAAUGAAAACCAGGAUAGAUGCUGCUUAGCAAAGGGCACAAUUAACACUUCCUAUCACUAAACCCACUCUCUUCUGCCAAUUCUCCUGUAUCUCAUGGUCACUUCCUUCACAACAGUAACCAUUUUCCAUCAGUAGGCCAGUGACAGAGGGGCUCCAACAUAACAAUGUAACGUUAACCACAGGCUAGAUAACAAAACGUUUACCUCAGAUGUGUGAGCCGGCCAUGAGACCAGUUCAGUUCAAAUCCAGACAGGAUUUGAACUGACCCAGCCCAAUCCGGACUUGGGCUCAGCCGAAACAUGUCCGGUUCGGCCAUUGAACUGGGUUGAACUGGUUUGCGGGCUGGUUCAAGGGGUAUACUUGUAAAGGGGACUUGGGCAAGGAUUCCCCUUUACAAGUACAGGGGGAUCCCCUAUCCUAAGGGGUGGGGAGGAAAAGGUACUUUUUACCUUUAAAUUGUAGGCAGCAGGGGCAGUGGCGGCCUGGGCUGUCAUUUGGGAGACUGGCGGAGUGGUUGGAGGAGCUCCCGCUGAUGUCGCUACUGCCUCCGCUAUCCUCUUCUAUCCUCCUCUGCCUACUAUUUGGAGGUUAAAAUGACCUUUUCCUCUCCCCCCCUAUGCCUUAGGUUAGGGAAUCCCCUUGUAUUUGUAAAGAGGAAACUGACGAGGAUUACAAGUAUGCCCCACCCCCCGCCCAAGCCAGUUCUUUGAACUGGGAGUCAGUCAGGUUUUAAUUUGGACUGUCCAAACCGGGCCAGCUCGAUGUUGAGCCCAGCUUGAAGUGAGCCAGGUCAUGCAUCCCUGCUUACCAGACCAGGUAGAGGGCAGGAAACAGGCUGAAGAUAGUUCAUUUUGCCUCUAUCAGUAGCCUCGCAGUAGACCACUUGAAGGACUUUGAAAGCAUUUCCUGCAAGGUUUCCCCUGCAGUCCUGAGAAUUGCACAAGUGCUUCUGGGAAUUGUAGUAGUUACCAGAAAGCACUUUCCAGAAGCACCUGCCAAUGUCACUUCACUGCUGAGUGCAAAAUGAACUAUCUCAAGCCUGUGUCCUGCCCUCUGCCCAGUCUGGUAAGUAUCUUCAGAAGUUGGGGUUGUGGUAGUCAGAAUGGGCUUAAGCAAAGCUUCAGUGGCUUACUUGAAUUGUUGUGGUAUGUUAUGCUUUGGUCCUGAUUUGGACUGAACCAGAUUCAGUUCAGGCUGUAUCAGGCCAAAUCCAAAUUGGCCUCCAAAGCUUUUUGCAGUCAUAUUAGCCUGCAAAACAGGAAGGAAUUGAAUGUUUUAUUUUCUUAGCACUUUCCAGAUGAGACCCUGCAACGGAGUCACGAUGUAGCUCCGAAGGGUGCUUCCACACUUCCUGUGUUGUGACACCGCGGUGCUGUUCAGAUUUCCAAUGCCUUGUUUCGAAUUUAAUCACUGCGAUAUAUUGCUAUGAUGUCAUAUAUCUGGUGUAAAGAAGUUGCUGUUUUGGGGGGGGUUGUUAGUUUUCGUGAGACUGUUCCCCCUGCUGGGCACUUUGCUGUUUACAUUUUCAAUGCGAUUUGACUGAACUGAAGCAUUUUGCUGCUGCUGAGUGGCUAAUCUGGAAAGCACCCUUCUGAGCUUGAACAGAAUGGGGAUCUAUCUACCCAAGAUGGUAUAGUGAUUAAUGUCUGUAGGAAAGAAUAGAUCACAUGAAACGUAUCAGAAUAGGUUACAUAUAUAUGUGGUCUUCUUCUUCUUCUUCUUCUUCUUCUUCUUGCCCUGUACAAAUACUGGGGUGGGGGGACCCUUAAAACGUAAUGUCCAAUACUAAAUAGGUGUGUGUGUGUGCGCGCGUGUUUUCUAGUAAAGCUAUUCUGUGAAAUUUUGCGAUAACAGAACACUUUUUGCUGUGUAGGGCCACAAGGUUUGGGGUAUUAUAUUACAGUAAUGAAAAAUAUGAUAAACAAGGAAGAUACUGGCUGUACCAUAUAAAAUCUAUAGGCCAUUAAAAAAAAAAGCUUGUUCCAAAGUCUUGUGCAAGGGCUUGAAAAGAAGAAGAGCUUCUCUGUAUCGGGGAUAACUUCUCUCACACAACCCUCUUCUGCUAGGUCAGUCACAGCCCUUCCAUAAGUGGGAGACUUUCGACUAACAGAAGGGCACCUUUGAAUCCAAGCCAUAAAUUCCAAGACAUAACCCUAUAUACGCUCCAGUGUGUCCACUGAGCUCGCCUCUUAUGAUCUAUUUGUCUGCGUUAAUGGAGGGAAAAGAGGAAUGUAAAUGUGGCAUUCUUCCUUUGAAAUGAACAGGAAAGCCCUCUAGGGAGGCAGAGCUCUCUGUGCUCCGUUUAUGUAAUUGUUUGUUUACCACUUUUCAACUAUAUUUCUCAAAGUGGUUGACUAACAUAGUGAAAGAAAUGAGAGAUGAUUCCCUGCUCCAAAGGGGCUCACUGUCCCAAAAGAAGCACAAAAGAGACACCAGUGACUGCCAUGCUUGGGCGACUGCUUGGGUGACAACAGUGACUACUUGGGUUGGCGGGUGGGGGGAUACCACAGCACCCCUUUGCCCCCUUGUGCUCCUCUCACACCCAGCUGGCAAAUGAAGCACUCAUUGGCUGGGAGCGAUGAGUAGCCAGAACCGAAGGCGUAUACUUGUGAGUCAAAUGGGCCGUAACCCAAAAUUUGGCUUUAAAAAAGCCAAAUCUGGCCUAAUUUAGGUCCCACCUCCGGCUUCUUCCCAGUGGGCAAACAAAACGUCUGCUGGGAAUGAGUGGGAGAGAGGCCACGCCUCUGAUGAUGAUGACUGGGGUGUUGCCAGUGCAUGCACAUUUACACAGAGGUAGGGGGAGGAGCUGCCAGCUGGAGCCUAUCCUGAGGCCCCCAGAGCACUCCCUACUGCUCUGCAGGACAGAAUAGAGACAGUUGCUAUUCUUCUAAAUAUGAAAGUUGCCCUUUUAAAAGGUACCUUUUGCCUAGUUAGUAAGAAUAACUGUAAGUAAUACCUGGGCUGAGAUGAUAUUGUUCAAAUCAACUUUUUGUAGCAAACAUUUUUAAAGCGGUUUAUAAUAUUCUUAAUACAAAAUCUGGAAUGAAAGGCUUCUUCAAGCAUUCUUGUCAACCAAAAGGGAGGUGAGAUUAACAUUAGUUAAUGGGGGUCAUUAGUCACAGAUCUAAUGCUUGUUUCUGAUGCAAUAGCCCAAAAGGAAGUGAGAUUGACAUGUAUUAUGUUAUUUCCAUUAGCUGUAGACUAAGAGCAAAAAAAGCACCCUAUUUUUAAAAUUGGCUUUGUGUGUGUGUGAUAUAUUUUGUGUUUGUAGACUUGUUUCUGCAAAAUAAAGUCAUACUUAGCAAUUACCUACAGAUACCAAAUUUUGCAUAAACAGUGCAUAAAAAUGUUGCUGCUAAAAGUAGCUGAAUGCACUACUUUUACACCAGAUUAUGCUCACUGAACAGUUUGAAAUUCUUUUUGUAUUUUAAGAAAAAAAUUCUCAAUAUAAUAAGUAUAUUUUAACUGUUAUUGUUCUCAACAGAUUUUUAACACCUAAUAAUCAGAUGAAUAAUUCAAAAAUAUCAUGCCCAAGAGAAGCAGAUCUUUCUCAGAUUCAAAUUGACUAUGAUUCAAUAUUGAUUCAAUGAUAUGAAUAAUGUUUGAAAUCCUACGAAUUUACAAUUGUUUUCUAACAUUCCUUUUGCAAGCACAUUAAUACAAAAUUCUUGUAUUACUUUCUUGAACUUUCUUAGCAGUGUAAUCUACGCAAAAUGACUUUGCUCGGUCAAUGCUGGGUCUCACCUACUAGUAUGUAUGUGCAUGUGCAUAUGCAAGUUUAUAUGUGUAUAUGCAGGAAGCUAGUUCUCAUGUUUUCAAAGACAUCAGGGUUGUUGUUUUUUUGCUCUUAUUCUACAUGUAUAUGUGUAUAUAUGAACAUAUUUAAAUACAGAGAAAGCAUGAGAGUUAAAUUCUGGGUAAAACUCAUUGAUAGGAUAAAAAUGAGGUUGCAUCCCACAAUCUAUGUGUUGGUUGUAUCUUUAAACAGCUCAUAGAGAAAAGUUGCUCAGUACCAUAAUUACCUAGAACAUUGGUCUCCCCAGAGGUUCUGUGAUUCUUUCCCAAGAGGCUUAAGUUUUCUUUCAGACACAUAGCCUGCAGAUAUCCUUAAGUGCUGACAAUAUGGAAGUGUGCUUCUUCCGUAGUGUGUUUCAGACUGAAAGGGGAAUCCAGAUAUAGCAAAUAUUUUAAAAUGGGCAAAAAGAAGACCUUAUCCUGCUGAGAGUAUCACUAAAUGGCAAUAGAAAAGAAAGUUUAAUAUAGCACAAAUAGUGGCUGGACAGAAACAUAGCAGAAUGACUGAACAGUUUAUGACAAUACAGUUCUUCUUUGACUUGUUGCUAAUAUUAUUAGGCCUGUUCAAUAUCACAUUUCUGGUGUGGGAAAUAGCCGGAUAUCAGCGAUAUUGGAGAUAUCAGAAAUAAUCCAGUUUGCUAUAGGGAAGUCUAUAUCAGAUCUGAAUUAUUCAAUAUGGCAUCAGGGAUAUCGGGUAAAAUAUCAAAUAAACUAUUGAAAUAUUGGAGCACAAAAUGGAAUCCACAUCCCCUCCCCCCCCCACCAUUGUGGCUGGGCAGGGGGAGCCAUCUCCUGCCAUUUAUCUGCCUGCCUGUCCAUACAUUUAUUGAUUUAGGUGAUUUUUAAUUUAUUUUUUACUUACCACUUUAAAAAGUGAUUGGCAAAUUCUUGGAUGUUACAUCACUUCACUUGUUAUUCUCGGAUGUGACAUAACUUCCCCAAUGAUUCUUGGAUAUGACAACACUUUUUGCCAUGAUUCUUGGAUGUGAGUACAAUUACCAGGUUGCUUUUAAAAAUUCAUUAAAAAUCAAUGGAUGAACAGAUUUAAUUGAAAUUAAAUUCACGGAUUUAAUCCUACAUGUGUGCCCAAUUUCACAGCUCUCUGUCCAGCCAUUUUCCCCUCUGACUUUUUUUUUUUAAAAUUUCCCCAUAGAUUUCUAUGGGGAUUUUUACUUACAAUGAUGAGAUUUCUGAUCGGAAAUCAGAUGAUGAUGCAGAUAUUCUGUAUCAUCUUUUUGAAGGGUAAAAAAUAUUCAAUACCAAUAUCGGAUCUGAUCCAAUAUUUUAAAUCAUGCACAGAUAUUAUUUUAUUUAUUAUUAUUAUUGGCAUUCUGGUUGGUUGCCAAAUUGUUAUUAUUUUCAAUUUUCCAAGUGAUUCACAUCAAUUUCAUGUUGGGUUACAUACUCAACCAAUUAUUUGUUUGUUGAUUCUGUUGACAUUAUUGGAGAUUUUGGGUGUGUAUUUUUGUAUUGUUUUUCUUUAUUUAUUCACUUUAUAUACUGCCUUUUCUAAAAUGGCUCAGGGUGGCUUAGAUUAAAAUCAAAAACAUAUAAUAAAACAAUUUAAAAAACAUUUAAACCAGAUCAAAAUUAAAAUUAAAACUAGAUAUAACUAAAAGCCAAGUGAACAAGAUGGGUCUUUAAGGGUCUCCUGUCCUGAAGGCCUCCAAGGAAGACUAUCCUCUUAUAUCCACAAGGAGCACAUUCCACAACCUAGGGGUGAGAACUGAGAAGGUUUUUAAGCUUUGUAAGCUACCUUGAAUUUUUCUUCAAAGUGGAAAGGAGGGAUAGAAAUCUAUAAACUGAAUGCAUGAAAAAAAUAAUUUAUAAUCCUUCAAAAUGUUCCAGGACUAAAAGCUGUGCAACAAAUGUGCUAAGAUUUAAAUAUUCGCACAUAGGAAUCAGAUAUUGAAUGUCUAUGGGUAAUCACUUUACAAAAAUAUGCCAUUUUGGGCUGGUUUGGGUGAUAGUCCAUCCAGUUCAGUUCAAUGACUGGGGAUUAAACAUGGAAGCACAUGCCCACCUCACCCUCCAUUCAUCACACCAUUGUAUCAUCAUGCCAUCAUCUAAUUUUAUUAUUUCUCUGUGUAAACUAGCCUGAGCCAUUUUUGGAAGAGUGGUAUAGAAAUAAAAUAAAAACAAAUAAAUAAUUCUGCAAGUAGGGUGGUUCAUUUGAACUGCCCAACUGAGUGAUUAGGUGCCAGGUGUGGGGGAGAUAUAUGCUAUCAUCCUCUCCUGUGCAGUUAUGAUUCAGAGUAUCAUCAGGUUCAGGGCAACAUACAGAGUGUAUGUGACAUGUUAGUUCAUCCAACAUGAUUUUUCAGGAAGUUAGUAGACUAAGAGAAUUCCAAAGUAGUGGAACUCACUUAUUUCCCUGUCUAUGGAUAUAUAUCGUUAUAUUGUUUAUAUAUUGUGUACGUGUGUGUUGCAGAUUUAGCCUUUUUGACAGCUGCUGCUGAUGCCUAAUAGAAAACUGCUCUUGAGGGUCCCCUAAUCCAUGGGGCAUGUUUUUGCAGGGGAAGGGGGAUGGAAGAUUGUGCUGGGAAGGGUAUGGCUGAAACCAUCUUCAAGUGGGGCGGGCGGAGGACAAGUGGCCCAAUAUAUCUAGACAAAGCUAUAUUCUCUAUCUGAUGUUUGUUUAUAGAACUGAUUUCCAAGUAUGGUGGAAUCAGGUUUUAUAAAUUUGCAGGAUCUCUGAAUAUUAUUACUAGGCACUCAGGAGUGAAUGUCUGGACAUCGCAGCAAAAAUUAUAGAAGCAACAUAUGAGUAUUGGAAAAUAUGUUAGUGAUAGUAUCUGACAAUGAAGAAUCUAGGAAGUUAAGUUCUCUCUGGGACAAAGAGAUACAGCCCUGUAGUGAAAUGAUGUGGGAACAUCCACUUAUACAGACAAUGGCUACAAUCCAAAUAGCAGCAUAUAGUGCACUGUGAUGUUUACAGCACACAGAACACUGGGGGUAUUUCAGCACCACCUUUUCUCACUGCAGCUUCUUUUGCCCCCUGAAAACCCACUUCAAAAGGUUGGGAGAUCCUCUAGCUUUGAUAUAGUACAAGAGAAUGUAAGCUGAAGGGGAAAUCAGCAAUCUUUUUUGUGUGUGUGCAGAAAUGCACACAAUGCACACGCCCAUGAAGUUCUUUGGAUUCUGACCAUUUAAAAACAGGGCGGAGGGGAGUCCCAUAAGUUCAUCUGAGGCCUUGAGGGAGAUUCCAUUCUAUGCUAAAAAGGAAAAGGGGGAAAUAUUUGCAUAUCAGAUCACUGCCCAGAGUGUAACAGUCAAUUGUUUCUGCUAGAGACUUAUUAGGAAAUGGGGAUGAUUAGGUAGGAAGAAUGUAACAUGCCCCUCUCACAUUAACUCUAGGAUAAUAUUACGUGUGUGUGUGCACAUAUGGAAAUAUAAGACAAAACUUUCAGGUGGGCCAGAGAAUGCAAUUUCUAGAGCUGCUACUCUGGCAUCUUUUGUUUGACUAAAGCAUGGGAAGAGUCAGAAAAUGAAGUAAUCACAUAUUAGCAGAGAUAAGACUUGCUCGUAUAGAUAAAUUUUUGGAUACUCUGUGAGACCGUAAUAGUGCUCACUAUUUUUUGCAUUAGUAUUUCCAUUAGUUCUGUUGCCAAGGGUUGCUCAGAGCUGUCAGAAACGUUCCUUGAAAUCUAUAAUAUUGUUUCCAGCAUAUCUUUACAGCAGUAUCUGGUUCCUGUCUUCACAGAAAUUGGCCCUAAAGAUAAGACAUUUUCAGAACUCUUUAGAAUCUAAAGCAUGACAACUCAGAAAUACAAAGCCAGCAGAAAUGUAUUUUCCCCUUUGGAUGUUGCCCCUGGUUGCUGCAAAGGCCAUGCCUAUAAUUUAGCAGACCUGAAUGUCAUAUAUCCACAUCCAGUUUUACAGUCAUUGAGGGCAAAGAUCUUAUCUUUUAUAGGAAUUUUCAAUGGCUUAACAAACCAGUCCUUGUCUUAUCAUGACUCAAUGUGAAGUUGACAGUUCAGGAAGCAAAUUCUAGCCAUUUCCCUGCCUCCAAUGGCUUGGUACCAUUUUAUUUUUUCAGCAAUAUCAUGGUUAAAAUCUCAAAGGCACACAAACUAAUUCUAUUUAAAUAUGCAUUACAAACUCUCAUUGACAAAGCAGAUGAAGAUGCCAUCUUAGCAAAACAGAAAUCCAAUGGACAGAACUGUGUGCAUGUGUUUUUCAAUGAAUGAAAGGAAACAGCUUUUUGUGCUAUAAACUUAUUCAUUUUUUACUCAUACUGUUCACUUUAUCAGUCUAUAAGUGAACAAGUGUCAACACAUGGUUAUGGCUGCACAUAUUUUUUUACUUUGAUUUUUAUUUUUUGUAGUCUUUAUGGAACAAAUGUCAAUUUUCUUAAAUAUCUAUUGAAAUAAGUAUUUUUAAAAUGUCUAUUGUAAAUAUCUGUACUAAAAAGAUGCACAAGUGCACCUUGGAAGUAAUACUAAACUGCCAUCAUGCUCUCCCUACAAACAUCAUGGUGUGUCAAGGAUUACACUGAAUUGAGGGAACCAUCUAAGAAGACAUUUUCUGUUAGUGCAAGAAGAUACAACUCUGCCACUCGCAGCAAACUGUUUCACUCUAAGUGGGAUUCUCUUUGGGGUCCUGUGAAAGCCUUAAGAAAUAUAACCACUGACUUUGAAGGGUUUAUUUUUAAUCACCCCAGAUAUAGGAAAGCAAUUCACUGGGCUGAACUGAAGAGAACCUUUUAUUAACUCCCAUAGGAACUCCUGAGAUGCCUUUUCUAUAUUUGUCUGCCAUAAUUCAGCUAGGGCCAAUGCACACACAAAAGCAGAUUUCUGUGUGUCUGUUCCCAGCUGGAUGAGGAACUGCAUGCACAAAUGUGUGCUGUGCAUAUGGCCCAGCUCAAUCUGGGCUAAGCAUAUAUAGCCCUUUAAAAGCCCAAAUAACACCAAUCAGCUGUUCAGUAGAGGGAAUAGUGGGGCUGGAUUCAGUCUGCCCACUUUUUCUUCUCUGCUAAAGAACAAGCUUUUGGCACAAGCAGCUCUGGCUACUGGUCUGGGCUGGGGAAUUGUGUGUGUGUGUGUAUGUGUGUGGCACUCACAAGCAGUUCCCCAUUCAGCUCCCCCAACUGCACUGACUACACCCACUCUGUUGAAUCUGAGCUAUUAUUAAAUGUGCAAUAUAUUUUUGCUUAUCUAAAUGUUUUACAGAAUAUUUUCAGUAAAUGUCCCUGUAGAAGUAGGAAACUGCAGGAUAUAUUUGAGACUAUCUUUCCUUUUCUAAAAGGUCCAUCUGAGAGUGUCCUUGGAUGAGAAAGCUGAAACAGAAAAUGGAAACUGAUUUGGGCAAUGACAAGAAUGGAGUCAAACCUUUUCUUAAAACAACAACAAAAACCUCUCUUAUUUUUACCUCUCCAAUUAUUCUCUUUUCCUCAGUUGUUUAUGAAUGUUACUUUAGCAUUCAAUCUUAAGCAUACUUGUUUGUCAAUUUGCUAUCAAAUACCACCUCAAAUGAGAAUCUGAGGUGCAUUUCUUCUGGCUUGUAAGAAACAUCUGAGGAACCUAAAAGUUUUGAUUAGACUAGAGGAAUUCUUCAGAUGGAUUCCACACGUCUGGGACCCAUGGAAAACAUCCAUACAGGCUGCCAGUCAAGCUGUACUGUGGGUUCUCCCAGCCUCUUAUCAGUACUGGAUGUCCCCUUGGGAAUCCAGGCUUGGUAAAGAAAAUCUUCAUGCUUUUGGUAAAGUUUGAUAACAUCUGGGUUUGAUAAGUUUGGUAAAGAUUGAUGACAUCUGGGACUGAAGCUGCCACCAAAGUUCACCUAAAAUGACAUUUCAGGGUAAAACUGAAAGUCCUGUUUGGGAGAAGCAUCUUAAAACUGUCAGAAAACAAAAGAGUUUAGAUAAGACUUAAGGGAUGAAAUUCUGCAUCUCCUUGUUUAUUUGGAAACAAAUCCUAGUGAAAUUGGUGGGACUUACUUCUGACUAUAAUGUUAUCAUUGGACUAUUAAUUUACACAUUCUUUAUGCAUAAGUCUGUCUGUGCAUCAUGAUAGAAAACAAAAAAUCAUAGAUGCUUUGACUGCUUAUGAUCCAGAGUGUAAACAAUGACGAUUACUGAGAAAACAUUAGAAAAUAAAUUUAAGAUAACUUAUCUCUAUAACUAAGUCUCUGGUACAUGACAAAGAUCCCUGAACAUGAUGAAUACACAAAAAUAGUUUCCCCAUUCACUUCAAGGACAAUUAAUUCAGAUGAGUUCAAGAUAAACAAUGGUUGGUUGACAAUGAUAGGUUAGUACAAUUUAUUAGGAAAGAAUUCAUUACUGAAAUGACUAGGCAUUUUUCCAUUGACGAAAUAAGUUUGGAUUGCUCUCUAUAAAUAUGAUGCUGACACUAUAGUAAAUGAUGGGGGCUAAUAAUAAGAGGCUAAGCACUGAUCUGUGUUCACAGGAGCAGGAUUUGAUUCAGCGGAAUUUUAGAGGCAAACAUCUCUUCUCGCAUCCAGUUGCAGUUGUCUGCCAUGUUUGCUCUGAAAUGGCAGAUGAUAAACCUCUCAUUUGACAUAUGCUAUGGGAAUCCGUCUGUAGAAAGAACAGCAAAAGGUCUCUGCCUGCCCUUAUAAUAAUAGGAGGACUAUCCAAUUGUAUCCUUGGCUACUUAAAUUUCCUAUAUACAUAUCCACACAGAAAUGACUAAAUGCAUACAAUGCAGUAUUUCCACAGUGGACACAGGAUUUGGUGUUUCUUUUGUAACUGAUGUGAUAUUGUGAUCUAUACGGGGCCUUGCUCACGUUAAGUUUUUCUGACCUCAUGUGAGCACUUCGAUUCAUGACUUUGCUGGGGCUGAGUCAGUCUGUUGCACUUUGAUGUGUAUCAAGUGGCACCCACUGAAUUACCUCUUUGACCGUUUUUCUUACAUGGUUCACUUUGUACAUAAAUGUAAUGUCAAAAUUGUUUACAGUUUAUUUUGUGCAUAUUUGUGGAUUUUAAAGAGAAGCCAAUUUAACUCCAAACAACAACUACAAUGAACAAAAAAGAAGAAGAAAAACUAUUAAAAAGGGAUUGAUUUUAUUGGAAGGUGUUAAAAAUGAAUGUGCUUAAUUCAGUAUAGACAUCAUUGAAUAUGGUCUCACAUGAAUGCAUGUAUCUCCAUGUUGUCAGUCCCCACAAGUGAGGUUACUUGGCAAUAUUCUGCAGUGUGUGAAUAGCAAAUAUACAUAAAAACUACUGUGACUCUGACAAAUAUAACUCAGUAAUUGUUUUUUUACUGUGCUAUGUAAAAAGAAAACCAAUAUGUAGCUUUUAGCUUGCUGUAUUUCCCUGUUACUGAUGAGAUCCCAAGCGAAAAAGAUCCUCAAAAAGAACAUAGCUAUGAUUGGAGUAAACUGGCAACAUUCAUGAAAUGGUACAUACUAGUCUAUUAACUAGAUAAAUUUCCUAUUUAGAUGGCACAGUGGCUUAUAAGUGGUACAUCUAUUACCAUUCUGCCAUAGUAUUUCUGGCAGAGGGAGAAAAUGCUAUCUUCUUUUUAGAAUCACUCACCAUGGAGAAACCAUAGAUAUUAAAAGCUACACUAUACUGUUCUACUCCUUCUAGUCUAGUGAAAGCAUACGGUUACCAGUAUUGUGAAACUACAUGGCUGCAAAUCUGCAACUAUCGUUGUGUCUCACCAUUAAAAAGUUUCAUUUCA